CAAGUGAUUGGACCGUAUAGCAACCCGGAAGUAGUAUGUGAAGGUCUUUGUCGGUGGUCGGGAUUUAGAUAACAUUUCCUUGUCGUAGGUCCGGAAUCGAUGUCAAAAUGGGUGUUAAAAUAGAGGUGUUCAGAAUGAUGCUGUAUCUGUCCUUUCCCGUGGCCAUGUUCUGGAUCUCUAAUCAAGCAGAGUACUUUGAAGAAUACGUAGUAAAGAGAAAGAGGGAGAUCUUCCCCCCUAACGAAGCAGAGCAUAGGAAGGAGUUGGAGGAAUUCAAAGAGCGGAUGCGUGUUCGUAAGGAGCAGCGAAUAUUAAAAAAUAUUUCUUUGGAAUCUGAGAACUGAGGAUUAUAUGUUGAAGAAAUGCACGAGUUUUGAGCAGGCUUAUCCGGGAGUCUUUUUUGGGCAAAAGAAAGCAGAUUGGACUGGAGUAAAACCAUGUCACAUUGGAGGUAUCUGCGAAGUGAACCUAUCCCAAUGGUGUGCUGGGCGUUUUCCAGGGAUUAAUUAUGCCUAAUAAGCCUAAUAUUAUGUUUGAUUUUCAUGUUCAAAUGCCAGAAUUCUUUGUUUGUGUGCCUGGUCAGUUGAGUUGCUGUGAUUGCGCUUUCAUAAAAUAAAAAGUAUUUAAGUUGCAUAUCCAGUUGGAUGUAAUGUAAUUACCACGAUUUAUUUUGUGAGGUGCGAUGCCUAUAAAAUGUAUUCAACCCCUUGGAUUUUUCCUGUUUAGAGUUUAACAACAUUGUAUCACAGUGGAUCUAAUUAAGCAUUUUGACACAGAUCAGCAGGAACAUUUUUUAAUACCAAAGUAUACAACAAAUCUCCAUAAACUAACUGAACUGAAUUAAGCACACACAUAAAACACAAAGUAACUGAUUGCACAAGUAUUCAGCCCCUUUAAAUCAGUAUAUUAUAGGGGGAUCCAUGGCAGCAAUUACUGCCUCAAGUCUAUUUUAAAAAGUCUGGGUAGCUUAUUGGAAAAUAAAUGUUCCCCCCAAGUCACAGUUCACUUACAGACUUCAGCAGGUUUUCGUCUGUGAUUUUUCUGUAUUUUGGUUAAUUAGU